UUUAGGUUAGGGUUUAUUGUAGCGUACCGUAGGUAGGGUUCGUCCUCCCCUCUUCCCCGAUCCGACCGAAAUUUAGCCCCAAUUAAAAUCCCUAGUUCCUCGAAUUCGAUCGGGUAUGGCUGACACCCUCCUCCUCCCUAGUCCCCCUUCCCUCCUCUCUCCGAUCAAUCGACCCCCUCGCGUCUCGCGGCGGAGUCAGCCCAUGGCGGCGUCCAUCCGCGUCACCAUGGAGGUCGGCGCCGACGGCGUCGCGCUUAUCACCAUCUUCAACCCGCUAUUUGAACUGGACCCCAAGAUCAUCCUUGGACUCAAGGAGAAGUACGCGGAGGCCAUUGAUCGGGACGACGUCAAGGCCAUCGUGCUCACGGGCUCCGCGGGGAACUUUUGUGGAGGCUUCAAUAUCAAUAUCUUCAGAAAAAUUCAUGAAACUGGAGACACGUCAUUCAUUCCUGAUGCAUCUGUUGAACUUGUGUCAAACAUGAUUGAAGAUGGCAAAAAGCCUUCCGUUGCGGCAGUUCAAGGCCUUGCCGCUUGUGGUGGUCUAGAGUUGACUAUGGGUUGUCAUGCUCGGAUAGCUACCCCUGAAGCUCAACUUGGAUUACCAGACCUAAGUCUUGGCUUCAUUCCUGGAUUUGGAGGUACUCAGCGUCUACCGAGGCUUGUUGGUCUACCCAAAGCAAUAGAAAUAAUGCUGCAAUCGAAGUUCAUCAUGGCGAAGGAAGCAAAAGAAUGUGGCCUUAUUGAUGAGCUUUGCUCCCAUGAUGAGUUGAUAAAAGUGUCACGCUUUUGGGCUCUGGAGAUUGCAAAUUGCCGUAAACCUUGGAUAAGAUCUCUUGUCAGGACAGAUAGGCUUGGUUCACUGUCUGAAGCUCGUGCUCUAUUAAGUAUGGAAAGACAUAAAACAAAUAGAGUUGCAGCAAACAUGCCACAGCACCGGGCCUGCCUAGAUGUUAUUGAAGAAGGCAUACUACGUGGAGGCCAUGCUGGUGUUGUGAAGGAAGCCAAGGUUUUCAAAGAGUUGGUAUUGUCAAAAACUUCAAGGGCACUUGUCCAUUUAUUUUUGGCCGAAUGUUCUACCACUAAGGUACCGGGUGUUACUGAUAUCCGACUCAAACCUAGGAAAAUAACAAAAGUGGCUGUUAUUGGUGGUGGUCUUAUGGGCUCUGGAAUUGCAACAUCCCUUCUAGUUGGCAAUUUAUCUGUUGUCCUCAAGGAAGUAGAUCCUGGAUCUUUGCAAAGGGGGCAGAAAACAAUAGCAGGAAAUCUGGAGGGCCUUGUCAGAAGAGGCUCAUUGACCAAAGAUAAAAUGAGCAAGGCGAUAUCUCUUCUUAAGUGUUCAUUGAAUUAUUCGGAUUUCAGUGAUGUUGAUAUGGUUAUUGAGGCUGAUAUUGAGAAGGAUCCUUUGGCGAAACAAUUAAUUUUUUCUGACAUUGAAAAAAUCUGCCCAUCAAAUUGCGUAUUUGCAACAAAUCUGUCCACCAUAGAUUUGAAGCUUGUCGGCGAGAAGAAAAAAUUUCAAGAUAGAAUUAUAGGGGCUCAUUUUUUCAGUCCUGCUCAUAUUGUGACAUUGCUUGAAAUUGUCCGCACCGAGAAGACAUCGCCACAAGCUAUCCUUGAUCUUAUAACACUUGGGAGAACAAUGAAGAAAUUCCCUGUCGUGGUUCGCAACUGCACAGGUUUUGCAGUAAAUCGUACAUUUUCCCCUUACGCAGAAGGUGCUCAGCUUCUUGUUAGUCUUGGCAUUGAUCUUUUCAGAAUUGACAGAGUUAUAAGCAACUUUGGCAUGCCAAUGGGACCGUUUCAACUGCAAGAUGUAGCUGGGUAUGGAGUAGUCUUGUCAGUAAAGGAUCUCUAUGCGGCUGCCUCUGGGACACAAAAUUUGAACUCCGGUAUAGUGGAUUUGACGAAUGAGGAUGGGCGGCCCCUUGGAGCACAGAAUUUUAACUCUGGUCUAGUGGAUUUGAUGAAUGAUCAUGGGCGGCAGGGAAAAAGAUAUGGAAGAGGCUAUUAUCUUUAUGAUAAGGGUGGGAAGCCAAAACCUGACCUUAGUGUUCAACGUGUGAUUGACGAGUACAGAACACAAGCAAAGACAAUGCCUGGUGGAAAGCCGGUUGCGUUAUCAGAUCAAGAUAUAUUGGAGAUGAUCUUUUUCCCAGUCGUUAACGAGGCAUACAGGGUGGUGCAAGAAAAUGUGGUGAUCAGGGCUUCUGAUCUUGAUACUGCGUCUGUCCAUGGGAUGGGCUUUCCCAAGUACAGGGGUGGCCUCAUGUUCUGGGCUGAUACGGUUGGAGCAUCUUAUAUACAUUCAAAGCUCAGCAAGUGGGCUGAAACAUAUGGCGAUUUUUUCAAGCCAUCAUCAUAUUUGGAGGAGAUAGCAAAAAGCGGCCUAUCACUGAUGCCCGGUGAUGCAACAAUCAUGGGCGAUGCGACAAACAUGGACGAUGGCGACACGAGAGCUGCCUCAUUACCAUACCACGCCAUCUUUGACAUCCUCUCCAGGGUACCGUUGAAGUCUGUGUGCCGAUUCCGGUGCGUGUCCAAAGAGUGGUGCGACCUCAUCUCCAGCCACUUCUUUGCCGCUGCCCACAGGUCCCACCAGGGCCCGCUCCUCAUUGACGCUGGCUCCUUUGAGGAAGAAGAGCCUGCGGGAGGACGUGACAUGCGGCUCAUGGACAUGGAGGGCAAUAUCGUGAGGGUCAUCAAGGGAGCCGGUGGCUAUGGGAUGAUGUGCAACACGAGCCUCGACGAACUCAUAUGUGUCAGUGGACCCAUCUGUGGCGGCAUCCAGGUGGUUGAUCCGGCCACCGGGGAGGUACUCAAGACCUGUCCACAGGUGGACGUGGUAGAUCAUGAUGCAUAUCCUUUCGUGGCCGUACGGUACUACUACCUCUUCGGUUUUGGCCGCGCCACCCCGUCUGGUGAAUACAAGAUGGUGCGACUGGUCGGCGGUGGCACAUGUGAGGUUUUUACACUAGGAGAUGAUGACAGAGGCUGGAGAAUAGCACAGCCACCACCAAGCAUCCUAGUAUCAGAUCAAGGCCCUCCUAUCGCUAUUGAUGGUGUCCUGUACUUUAUGGAGGGAGGUGUCAGCGACAAUUUGAUCUGCUUUGACUUGGAGAGUGAGGAGUGGAAGCCUGACGUGAUAAUAGGACCACGGAUGUCUGAUCACGAAGAGGCUGGUUGGGAGCGUUUAAGGAGGCCUCUUCCAAUCCGAAUUACAGAGCUGAAUGGUUCCUUGUGCAUGGUUCAGCCAGUCCUCUAUGAUAUAUUUCCGCGCAGGUUUGACCCCAACGGCCCAUUCAGCAACAUAUGGAUACUGGACAAGUCUGAUAAGAGAACUUGGAGCAAAGAAUACAAGAUACUGAUUGCCCCAAGAGCAUGCUGUUAUAUGCCGUUGUGGAGACGCGCUGAUGGGAAGCUGCUCUUGCACUGCUCCUUUGAUGGAGGACAGUCGUUGGUACUUCAGAUAUACGAUCCUGGCACAGGCACGUGCUCAGAUAUGGUGGGACAACCUGGCAACCUGGCCGGUAGAAUUGGGCUUUGCAGCUUUCGCUUCCGUAAAAGCAAGAUCUUUAGGCCUUUUUGGAGCGUUUCUCACUUUUUUCUUUAGAGCAAGAUCCUUAGGCCUUCCUUGUUAGACGUUGGUUUAUAGAUUUUCUUCUAGUCUUUGUAACAGAUCUGAGAUUGGUGUUCUUAAAAUCUGAUUUCUAUCUCAA